AUGGCGCUUCUCUGUCUCUUUUUCUUUGGCGCUCAAUCGCUGGCGCAGCUAACACAGCAGAAUACGACAUCAACGAGUGGUUCGACGUUCACAUUUUACCCGAAUACGACCACUUCAGGUCUCGGCUUGACAAGCGGUGCGACUCCGAACAUAUUCGCAGCGGACUCGCAGAUCUCCACAAGCAGUGCGAUCACGGACACGUCCCCAAGGGAGUCACUGCUCUCUGCGAGCUCCUCAGUCAUCUCUAUAUCGUCUUCAUCGUCCGGCAGUGCGGCGUCGUCAGCUAGCACGAGCCUGUUAAGCGCAUCGACAGCGCAAGGAGCAAGCGCAAAUUCCUUAGCGACAGCCAGCACCACCACCGCUGUUGGAGACUACAUCCUCCUUGGCCUUGGGAUCAGCACUUCAAACAACUCUGCCCCAUCAACGUCAUCAAACUCGACUGCAACAACUUUAGAUGCAACGCUUCUGACGUCCAGCACGUCUACUGUUACUUCGCGAGGAGGCUUCUUAUUCGUACCCAACAACUCCACCGCAUUCGCCAGUGCCACCCUUCUUGUCAAUGAAGUAGCUCAGACUAAUCCCACAACAUUCACCAAGAACGCAACCACAAACAGGACGGACGAUGCCGUCGCGGCGACGUAUGCAUUCCUGCCGAGUGGUGACGCAGGAUUGAAUGGCUCGGCCACCGGUAUCAGCUACGUAAAUGCUUCGACGGCGAUCACCCAAUUUGCCAAUACGGGCAUAAGCACCAGCUUGCCGACAGCUUGUGUUAAUGGUACACAAUGGAUGGAUUCACAGGGCUUUGUCUAUAACAUGGUCUGCGGCAUGACGUCGAAUGGGACAAUCUUGCAAGUCAGUACGAUGACGGAUGCCAACUACACAGCUUGCGCGCUUCUGUGCGACCUCGACGAGCGCUGCUUCUAUUUCGAGGUCUACCCUCUGGCAAACGGCACGUACGCAUGUACCUCGCGAGACUCGAUCGAUAUCCUCUCGAACACGAUGACGCCCGGAUACGUCUCAGGAAUAUUCACCGGAGAGCAAGCUAUUACCCUUGGUGGCGGGUUGGCGAGCGAUUGCACGAACCCGCUAACAACGGUUCAUAUGUUUGCUGGCUCGCGACUCGCGAGCGAAAUUGGCAGCUUUUACGCCAGUCCAGGCUCCACGCUCGCGACUCUGGACUUCCGUCCCCAGGGCGCACAAAGCUACAACAGGAUCCUUACGAGCGAGAUCGAGAUGACAGUCACGGUUGACGCGUUUCCAAGCUGCAUAACGACAUGGGCGUCAUGGGCGUCAGCGAGUGCUGCGUGGCUAGCUAGCCCAGGCUACGCCUCCUAUGACACGAAGGUGUUUGACAGAGCUUGGGUCUCUGUUACCCCCAAUUUUAACGCUACCCCCUACACCACGCUCUGCGAUGGCUGGCCAAGAGUCUCGGGCACUGAUGGCUUUCUCACGACUACGGAACAUAGAUACGAGACAAUCACUCUAUCCACAAGCACGAUCACACCGUUUCCAGAGAGUCCGCCGCCGUGUAGCUUGAACGCAGCACAAUGUUCAGAAGUCUGGUCCUCGCAUUGGCUUUGCUCGCGUCAAUAUGCUAAACCGCCUGAUUGCGACACAUUUGCAAUGUCGCCGCCUUGUCCACAGCCUUCAAACCUGGCAAGGGCUAACCUGUGUGCCAACAAUAUAGAUUAUCCCUGUACUUGGAACGGUGCAGUCCUACAACUGUAUUACUGGCCUGUUGUAACAAGUGGAGGCAAUAUCUGUGACCAAGCAAAUACACCUGGACGAACCGUUACCGGCAACACACCCAGGAGUGCCAUUGUGGGAAACAUGACCGUGACGAGUCCGGAUGUGGCGUUCUCAAUCUCAAUACUGUCGGCAUACGAUAACUGCGGCAAUGUUGGCGAGCCGAUGACGGACUACGUACUCACCUUGCCACCCACCGAUGUCAGCAGCCAGUUGAUACCAUGGUUUGGUGUGCAGGCAUUGGCUGGAAACGCGACCUCGUUCAACUUCGCGGAUUUGGCUCCGAACCCUUACCAGCUGCCAGGUGGUUCUCAUUGA